AUGCUCGAUUUGGCCGCAGAGAAUCGCAUUACUCCGUGGGUGGAAGUGAUGGACAUGAAGGAGUGCUCUAAAGCGAUUGAGCGCCUCGAAAAGGGCGAUGUUCGAUACCGUUUUGUUCUCCAGCAGGACCUUGACGUUAACUCUAGGUAG